ACACCAUGUACAAUUUGGCUCAGCUCUCCCGCUCGCGUGCUAUCCCCUCGCUUGCUCGCAACUCUGGCGUUGUAGCCACUUUGGCUCGCCCUUACAGCUCCAAGAUUAACGGACCUGUUAUUGGUAUUGACUUGGGAACCACCAACUCCUGCGUUUCCGUCAUGGAGGGCAAGAACCCCCGCGUUAUCGAGAACGCCGAGGGUGCUCGUACUACCCCAUCCAUCGUUGCCUUCACCAAGGACGGUGAAUUGUUGGUUGGUCAGGCCGCUAAGCGUCAGGCUGUCGUCAAUUCCCAGAACACUGUCUACGCCACCAAGCGUUUGAUCGGUCGUCAGUUCAAGGAUUCUACCGUCCAGGCUGACUUGAAGGCUGUGUCCUACAAGAUCAUCCCCCACACCAACGGUGAUGCCUGGGUUGAGGCUCAGGGUAAGAAGUACUCUCCUUCCCAGAUUGGUGCCUUUGUGUUGGGCAAGAUGAAGGAGACCGCCGAAGGUUUCUUGGGCAAGAAGGCCAACCACGCAGUUGUUACCGUUCCCGCUUACUUCAACGAUUCCCAGCGUCAAGCCACCAAGGAUGCUGGUAAGAUUGCUGGUCUUGAUGUCCUCCGUGUCAUCAACGAGCCUACUGCCGCUGCCCUUGCCUACGGUUUGGACAAGUCCGAGGACAGAACCAUUGCUGUCUACGAUCUCGGAGGUGGAACCUUUGAUAUCUCUGUUCUCGAAAUCCAGAAUGGUGUGUUUGAGGUCAAGUCUACCAACGGUGACACUGCUCUCGGUGGUGAGGACUUUGACUCCCACCUCGUCCGCUGGGUCCUCGAAGACUUCAAGAAGGAGUCCGGUCUUGAUCUCUCCAAUGACCGCAUGGCCAUUCAGCGUGUCCGUGAAGCUUGCGAGAAGGCCAAGAUUGAGUUGUCUUCUACUGUCCAAACUGACAUCAACCUUCCUUACAUCACCGCCGAUGCCUCUGGCCCCAAGCACAUCAACACCAAGUUGACUCGUGCCAAGUUCGAGACCAUUGUUGGCGAUCUCGUCCACCGUACCAUCUCCCCCUGCGAGAAGGCUAUUAAGGAUGCUGGUGUGACCACCAAGGAUAUUGGCGAUGUUAUUCUUGUUGGUGGUAUGAGCCGUAUGCCCAAGGUCAUCGAGACCGUCAAGGGCGUCUUUGGCCGUGAGCCCAGCAAGUCUGUCAACCCCGACGAGGCCGUUGCCAUGGGUGCUGCUAUCCAGGGUGGUGUCUUGGCUGGUUCCGUCACCGAUAUCCUCCUUUUGGAUGUCACUCCCCUCUCCCUCGGUAUCGAGACCCUUGGUGGUGUCUUCACCCGUCUCAUCAACCGUAACACUACCAUCCCCACCAAGAAGGCCCAGGUCUUCUCUACUGCCGCUGAUGGUCAGACUCAGGUCUCUGUCCGCGUCUUCCAGGGUGAGCGUGAGUUGUGCCGUGACAACAAGCUGUUGGGUGACUUUAACCUCACUGGUGUCCCCCCUGCUCCCAAGGGUGUCCCCCAGAUUCAGGUCGAGUUCGACAUUGAUGCUGAUGGUAUUGUCAACGUCAGUGCCAAGGACAAGGCCACCAACCGUGAUCAGUCCAUGACCAUUGCCGCCUCUUCCGGUUUGAGCAGUGAUGAGAUCGAGAACAUGAUCAGCCAGGCUGAGGCCAAUGCUGAGAGUGAUCGUGCUCGUCGUGAGACCAUUGAGAUGGCCAACCGUGCUGACUCUGUCAUGACCGAGACCGAGAAGGCCAUGGAUGACUUCAAGGAGCAGCUCGACAAGUCUGAAGCCGAGAAGCUCAAGGAGAAGAUCGUCUCUCUCCGUGUUGAGGCCAUGAAGGCCCAGUCUGGUGACGAGUCUGUCAAGCCCGAGGAGCUUAAGGCCAAGAUCGAUGAGCUCCAGAGCAGCUCCCUCAAGUUGUUCGAGUUGGUCUACAAGAACCGUGCUGCCCAGAACGACCAGAACAACGCCUCUAACGAUGCCAACUCUUCCAACUCUUCCAACUCCCAGUAAAGAGGACACACCAAAACUACAUAUCCCCAUCACAUUUCGACCAAAAAAAGCAAGAAACCCAAAAACAAUAAUUCCAAGCCGGCUUGGUUUAGAGUGAUCAAAGCCAACAUAAAAAUAUAGAUGUUAAUACUAUAGAUUUAUAUAUUCAUAAUUUUUUCCUUUAAAAUACAAAGACUGGAUUUGCCCAAAU